UUUAUUCUUCAUUUUUCUUUUUUCUUUUACAGGAGUACCAGGGUUUGGACGUAGUUGUUAUGACGAUCCUGAGGUGCUCAGCGCUGCUCUACACGUACCACCAGUUCCGUACACUUCAUAGAAUUGGGUCCAAGUAUAUUGUUGGAAUCGCAGGAUUGUUUGCUGUAUUUUCAAGUUUUGUAUUUUGCUGCUCCGUUAUCAAGCUCCUUGAUAGUGAUGUCUCAGAUCUGAAGGAUGCACUCUUCUUCUUCUUGCUGUUGGUUGACCUCAGUAAGGCAAGCCUCCUGGCCCAGUUUGCCCUGUCGUCCUCUAAUCAGACUGAAGUGCACACCAACAUCGCCUGUGGGAUGGCUCGCCUCGGACCCUCCCUCACGCUGGAUACAAUAGUUGAGGCGCUGGUUAUUGGUGCCGGAACGCUCUCAGGUGUCAGCCGCUUAGAACAGAUGUGUGCCUUUGCCUGCCUGUCAAUCAUAGUCAACUAUGUUGUAUUCAUGACCUUCUUCCCUGCGUGCCUCUCCCUCGUUCUGGAGCUGUCGAACCGGUGUUCCUCCGGUCAGCCUCCGUGGCAGAUGGCAACUCUCGCCCGCGCGAUGGUGGAGGAGGAGAAGCCAAAUCCUGCUGUUCAGCGUGUCAAGGUCAUCAUGUCGGCAGGGCUCCUCUUGGUCCACGGGAUUACCAGGUGGUCUCUUUCCCUCACCGAUAGCUCCAGCAGCACGCAAGAUGUCCCGCAGUCUUUCAACUCCUCCACAGACCCCCACAUCAUAGUGAGGUUGCUGAAUGCUGGGCUUGACCACAUUGUUUUCAUGGUGAUGCUGGUAGCACUAAUCAUCAAGUACGUUCUAUUUGAGUCACAAGGCCAGCUUGAAGAGAAUCUUAUUCACGAUAGUCUUAUUACACCUCAAGACACUUUGGACAACUCAAGGAUAAAUAAUAAAGGAGGCUUAAACACAUCAGGAAUACUCCGCCAGCGCACCAGAAGCAGGACAACUAGUUGCAACUCACAGUGGGAAGAGAUCCCACCAAAGAAAACAGACUGUGGUUCUCAGACAGACAAAGAAGCAAUGAGCCUUAGGGGAUAUUGUCUUGAAAAGGAGGAUGAGAAACCCCCAAGAAGCAUCGACGAAUGUCUUCUGAUCAUGAACUCUGAGGCAGGUGUGAAGUCCCUGACAGAUCAAGAGAUUGUGCAAAUGGUGGAGAAGAAGCACGUGCCAGGCUACAAGUUGGAGACAGUGCUGGGAGACCCACUAAGGGCAGUGGCCAUUCGCAGGAGUGUCGUUGCGCCUCACACUGCAUCCCAGAAUUCCUUGGAGACUUUACCCUUUGAUCACUAUGAUUAUACAAAGGUAAUGGGAGUGUGCUGUGAAAAUGUCAUAGGGUACGUGCCAGUACCUGUCGGUGUCGCAGGGCCACUGCUGGUCAAUGGGAAGAAAUACAUGAUACCCAUGGCAACAACUGAAGGCUGCUUAGUAGCCUCGACAAACCGUGGAUGUCGAGCACUUGUUGGUGGUGUCAAAAGUGAAGUGAUCCGUGAUGGCAUGACUCGUGCUCCAAGUGUAAGGAUGCCCACAGCUGCCCAAGCUACGCAAGUGUACAAGUGGAUUCGGAAGAAGGAGAACUUUGCCAUCAUCAAAGAGGGAUUCGAUUCCACAAGCCGGUUUGCUCGUCUUCAAGAUUUGCACGUUGGUUUGGCAGGAAGGUUGCUCUACAUGCGCUUUGUGGCCCAGACUGGUGAUGCUAUGGGGAUGAACAUGGUCUCAAAGGGCACAGAAGCAGGACUAAAAGCCUUGAAGAACCAUUUUCCAGAGCUUGAAGUUUUGAGCGUCAGUGGCAACUAUUGUGUGGACAAGAAACCGUCUGCAAUAAACUGGAUUGAGGGUCGUGGAAAGUCUGUAGUUUGUGAAGCCGUUGUUCCUGGCAAAGUGGUAACAUCAGUCUUGAAAACCACAGUCGCUGCUCUCGUGGAGGCUAAUGUGACGAAGAAUUUGAUUGGGUCCUCUUUGGCUGGUUCCAUUGGAGGCAACAAUGCCCAUGCUGCAAAUAUUGUGGCUGCUGUGUACAUUGCUUGUGGACAGGACCCGGCCCAGGUCGUGGGUAGCAGUAAUUGCAUGACGCUGAUGGAGUCUUGGGGCGAGCACAACGAGGACCUCCACAUCACGGUCACGAUGCCCUCACUAGAGGUGGGAACGGUCGGGGGCGGAACGGGACUUCACCCACAGUCUGCCUGCCUGAACAUGCUGGGGGUCAAAGGUGCCCACAAAGACACUCCAGGGGAGAACUCCUGCCAGUUUGCCAAGAUCUUGGGAGCAACAGUCCUGGCCGGGGAGCUAUCACUCAUGUCAGCUUUGGCUGCAGGGCACCUAGUGAAGAGUCACCUGGCACAUAACAGGGCCAAGGCUGAAGUGCCAGCCUCCAGCUCCUCCCCAACUCCCACACCGGCCCCUGCCAGUGGCACAAAAGUAGUCGAGGAAACAAAAGCAGAGACUGAGGCAGCUCCUUCCACCGAGAGCAGCCGCUCCCAAGAGGGGGAAAAGGAGAGUGGGAUCACAGGGAGCGUUCAGGCAUGCAAAGAUCCGGCAGACCUCUCUGUUCCACACUCGAGGGAGAGGUAGAAGCAGAGGAGCUGUGUUAUAUAUUUUUUCUACUUUUUCAUUUGUAUACCCUACUUAUUCUUUCUUCCUUUCUUUCUUUCUUUUUCUCUUUUUUUCAAAAGUGUCACGUUUUUCUUUCUGUCUUUCAUUCAUGGGUGCUGAAAUAUUUUUACAGACGCUGAAUCCAGAAGAUUCAGAUCUAUUUAAUGAAAGUGGUAGUUAUAGAGGAAAACCUUGGAGGAUUUAGUAGGAAAAAUACAUACAUUGAUUACUAUGUACCCUGAAAUGUUAAAGGUAGAUUAGGAUCUAAUAGUAUCAUCAUCAUUUAUAGUUGUUUUGUUACCUCAUUUGUUGCUGUUUUCAUGCAUACAUCACUAUUAACAUAUUUGGGUAGCUUUUUUUAUGAAUUGUCUGCUGCAAACCAAAUUGGAGAGACAUACCUAUGUUUGGUUUAUAUUUUGUUUAGUUUUUUUCUUUUCUUUUCUUUCCUUUUUUCUUUCUUUUUUUCUUAUUUUCUUCGAGCAGUAUUUCUCUAGAAUUCUUUCUUUCCCUUCUGUGCUCUCUUUUUGAACAUGUUUUCAUCUUGCCAUCAAUUUUCCUUCUUUCAUAUUGAGGUAAUCAGUUGCUUUGCCUCCUAGGCUAAAUACAAAUUAAUUUAUUUAAGUCUUUGAGUAUAUGUAUAAGUAGAAGGAAAAGAAAUGAUGAUUUGUAUGAUAUUUUCUUAAGAGAUCAAAUAUUUUGUAAAAAGUUAAUUUAUCAGAUCCCUUAUUUAUCUUUUGUAAUUUAUUAAACCAUAUGUAAAUGUGUGAAGGAAAAGUACUAUUUCCUAUGUAUAUUAUGUCAGAAUCUAUAAGCUUCCAUUCCUGUUUUGUGCAUGGUGUCUUUAUUCAGGUAAAUGAAGAAACAAGUAAAGAAUAUACAAUUCAGAAGCUUUUUUUUUUUUUUUUUUUUUUUUUAGAAUGAAGUCUUUGAAUUUUCCUUCGACCCAAAUUGUAAAGACAUAUCGCAAGUAAUCAUAGAUAAUGUGACUUCUCAUUUUGUAUAUUUUGGGUGAAGUGCGUGAUGACCAUGACAAUAAUUUGGGGCACUUCUGUUAAGAUUAAGAAAGGAUAGUGUAGCAAGGAGUGGGGGGAAUGACUAACUUCUGUGCAGUCUAUCAUUUGUAACAUGGAAAUUCCAUUUGGAAAACGGUUUUUGAUUGUAAGUCUCUCCUAAAUCUAAAACAACUCAUUCAAGGAAAUUUAAUUUAUUUCUCAUAAAGCUUGAUGCAUGUAUUGAUUUAAAAGGAAUGAAGAGAAAAAAUCUGAAGAAUCUAAGGUCUUAUCAAGAGUUCACAUCUCAAUAAUUAAAGAAUUAGUGGCUAUUUUUAAGGUGUAUUUUCAUAGUGAUGAUAGAAACUGCCAUCAGUAAAUUUUGGCUUUUUCAUUCUUUUUUUUUUUCUUCAUCUUUUUUUUUUCUACAUAUCAAAAGAAAUUGUAAAUAGAAGUAAAGGAAGUUGUAACCUUUUUGGCAUUUUUAGAACUUUUUUUUCACUUUCUCCAUGAUAAAGUAAGAAUACUAUUAAUUUCAUCAUACAUUUUAAGGAUGAAACUCCCAUUUAAAUUUUCUGUUUUAGUAAUUCAUAUUACUUCUGUAAAUACAUUGUGUUGUUAUGUUAAGGCAUUGGUGCUUUCUCUUGUGUUGAAUGGAUUUAGUUAGCUUUGCCUCUUAUCACAACACACACACACAUGCACACACUUGUACACAUAUGUAUACCUACAGAUGCACAUGCCCACUCUCACUCACUCACACACUUGAAUUAAUCAGUUAAAAUCACAGUGGACACAGCAGAAAUAUAUGCCUUCCACUACCAGGUUAUGCACACAUGUAUAUAUAUACACACACACAUUACAAAGGAGCAUAUUUUUUAGCCAAUGAUGGAUUUCUAAAGAAUUUACACUAUGGAAUAUUCAUGCCACUAAUACUGUAUGUGGUUUGAAAGACAGCUGAAAGGAUUGUAUGGGUUCAUGUGUGUGAAAUAUAAUUGCAAAUUAUAUGGCACUAGAAUGGAAAA